AUGUGUGGUGAAAAUAUGACCAGCUACCAGGCACCGAACAUUACAACCAAACUAGACGGUCUUAACCAAGAAGGCCACGAUAUCCACGAAGCUUACGUAAAUCUACAAGAAAACGUUGAAUUCGACAGCGAUGACAACGUUGAAUUAGUCAGCGAUGAGUACGUUGAAUUAGACAGCGAUGACAACGUUGAAUUCAACAGCGAUGAAUAUGCAACCGACGAUGAAUGCACCACGUCUGUAGACUACGCUGUAGCGACGUACGACGAUGAUACAGUCUCAGUUGCUGACGUUGCUCGAGCGUUCGUUAUCGGAGGUGUAGUGCGUGAUGACGUCACUUCUGAGUUCUUUCUGAACGAGAUAUCAGAGGCAAACUUCCGUGGCUCGACGUCAUCAUCGCACGUCACGCUCUAUGGAGUCACGUUGCUGGAGGCGAGGAGCCCUCUGGUGGUGGCGCGAGAUGUGUGUCGCCAUCUCAUCUCUCAAAAUGUAGCAGUCAUUAUAGCUGCAGGAGGCAGCAACUCAAGCGCUCCUACAGCCUCCAUAUCCUACACAGGAGGAUUCUACCACAUCCCUGUCUUGUCCAUCUCUGUCAGGGAUAGCGCCUUCUCAAACAAGAACCUUCACGCGUCACUACUACGAACAGUUCCGCCGUACAGUCACCAGGCCGCAGUUUGGUUGCGGCUUCUUGAACGUUUCUCGUUCCGGUCCGUCGUCUUCGUGAUGUCGUCGGAGGCUGAGGGCUGGACCACGCUACGCCACCUCCACGACCUCGUCAGGGACAUGAGUGAUGAGACCAAUGUCAAGGUGAGUGAGGGUGAUGAUAUGAGGGUAAAGGUGAGUGAGGGUGAUGAUAUGAGGGUCAAGGUGAGUGAGGUUGAUGAUAUGAGGGUCAAGGUGAGUGAGGGUGAUGAUAUGAAGGUCAAGGUGAGUGAGGGUGAUGAUAUGAGGGUCAAGGUGAGUGAGGGUGAUGAUAUGAGGGUCAAGGUGAGCUCGACAGUCGAGUUCGCUCCAGGGUCAGCGAGCGUCUUGAACGAACUGAGGCCUCUGCAGAACAGCACUGUCCGCGUCUACCUGCUGGCGACCAGGCACGUGACUGCAAAAGCGUUGAAAUCCUUGCAAGAAGAACAGCCUGAAAUGAUAACGAGCCCUCCGUCUGCCUGCUGCCAGGAGAACCAUUGGAACAUCACUGGGCCUCUGCUGUACAGGUACCUCAAACGUCAAGAUCUGACAGAAGGACUCACAGGACGAGUCGCGUUCGACAACAACGGUGAUCGAAUCUUCGCUGAAUAUGAAAUCAUAAAUGCUUUACAAGACAACCUACUGAAAGUUGUCGGCACCUACCUGUAUAACAAGUCAUCGGGAAGAAUGGAUUUAGAAUUGAACGAAGAGAUUGUGUGGCCCGGCGGCGUUAGCGAGACGCCUACAGGUUACUUCAUCCCAGCACACUUGAAGGUCCUUACCCUGGAAGACAAGCCGUUCCUGAUGAUGUCGGAGACGAGCGUUGAGAAGAGCGAGUGUGUGACACCGACCCAUGCCCCGUGCUUGCUGUACGCAGGUGCUGCCGUCAUCCCUGGUGAACGCUGCUGCUCGGGUUAUUGUGUUCAUCUCCUGAAUGAACUCGCCAGCGCCUCGAAUUUCACGUUCGAUCUCUAUGUCUCGAACGACACAGAGUACGGAGAACAGUAUUACAGUAACGGUACAGGAAGGCUCACAAAUUUUCAGCUCACUGAGACGCAAGACGUAUCUAAAAGUGACAAGAAAUGCACUAUUGUGCCCGCCAUCGUGUCCAUCGUCCAGCCGUUCCACGAGAGUCUUUGGGCCAUACUGCUCGCCUCUGUACAUGUAGUCGCGCUCUGCGUAUGGCUGCUCGACCACUUCAGCCCUAUGUACAAAAACUCAGGCAGUGAAACGGACUCUUUAACGCUGAGUGAAGCCUGCUGGUUGUCAUGGGGAGUAUUGUUGAACAGCGGCAUGAAUGAAGGCACACCGCGCUCUCUGAGUGCCCGAGUGCUGACGCUGAUCUGGGCAGGCUUCGCAAUGAUCCUACUGGCGUCCUACACGGCGAACCUCGCAGCCUUCUUGGUCCUAGAGGAGCACACGGACGCUAUAACGGGCAUUAACGAUCCUAAACUGAGGAACCCGUCAGAAAAUUUCACUUUCGGCACCGUGGUUGGGUCCGCAGUCGACACGUACUUCCGUCAGAAGAUCGAGCUGUCGAACAUGUACAGAGUGAUGAACCGCAGCAACGUCAGGAGUGCGCAAGAAGGGAUCAACGCCUUGCUUAAUGGGACUCUGAAAGCCUUCAUAUGGGACAGCUCUCGUCUCGAGUACGAAGCUUCACGCAACUGCGAACUGGUCACCGUUGGAGAUAUUUUCGGGCGCUCAGGCUACGGUAUCGCUCUUGUCAGAGGCUCUCCAUGGGCUGAAAAAAUUACUCUCGACAUCCUGCACUUCCAUGAGAGUGGCUUGAUGGCCAAACUCGACGACCAAUGGAUUUGGUCAGACCUCGAAGACGAGUGUCCAUUGGAGGUGGACGGCGAGCCCUUACAGCUCGGCCUGACCAACAUCGAGGGGAUGUUUUACAUGGUGGUUGGAGCUACGAUCACUGGAACAAUCCUAAUCUUUAUUGAAAUAUUUUGUAAAAGAAUCAAUAUCAAGAAGGCCGCGCAAGAGAGGGCUGGGUCGAGGCCGCCCUUCGCUGGAAAGACAAACUGCAAGGAGGAGGAAGGAGAGGCUGAUUUCCUUGAUGAGGUCGUCGAUGAAUUCCCCAUCCCUGAAGCAGUGAUGUAUGGUCAGCAAGGCAGGCAAAAUUGUUCACGAAAUUUAGAUCAAGAUAAACGUUGCACGAGUAACGAAAAAGAUCACAAACAGACAAGCGCUCCCUGUAAUUCUAUAAAAUCUACUAAUAAAAGCUUGCAGAAGAUUGGUCAUCGGUUGAAAAAUAGCACAAACUUACCGUGGAUUUGCACAAAUUGGAGUGAAGCCGAAUGGAUAGGAUACUAUUUGCAUAGAAUCGACAAAGAAAUUCAAGAAAAGUCAGCCACAAAGUGUACAUCAAAUCUAUCACCUUUGCUAAAGUCGAAGCAGACUUUACUGAAAAUGAGAUCAGCAGCAAGGAGACAUGAACUUCAAGUUAGUGACCAUUCAUCGGAUGGGGUUGCUUGCUCGGUGACUGGUCUGACUCCAAUUCUCAUUUCAAAGCCAGUUGAUGAUGUUCAGAAGCAAAAAGCGAACGUUUCAAGUGUUGAAGUUCAGUUGCAUAAUCCACACAUGGAGAUUGCCCAGGGUCCUAAAGAAAGAUCAUCAAAAAACUCUAACGUAAACUUCAUCAAAAGAUCGAACUGUGCGAGUCGUGACAUCUGUAGCACAGUUGAAGCUGUAUGUGAACAUAGUCCAAUUGAUGCUCUUGGAACCGCAUUUGACAAGGAAGCUCACCAAGGAGUAAAAUGCAAAAUGUCCCGCAAACCAAUUCAAAGCCAACCUGUUGCCUUCCAUGUUGACAAGUUACCAGAUGUGGUUGGCGCUGUAAGUAACUUGGAAAUAAAUAAUGGGUAUGAAAACAUCUCUCAAGCAGUAAACGUCUAAUUUGUUGUUGCUUGGCGUGGUGUGCAUUUCAACGAUCAUAAGAACUCGCAUAUAUGCUCUUAUAAUGGCUUAUCGUAACUAUAAGUUAAUUUGCGUCGAAUUCAGUUUUAUAUGUUUUUUUAGAAUGAGUUAGCACUAAGAUUAUUUUCGAAUUCAAAGCUCUGUUUUACUGGGUAAUUAUGAUACUGACGAGGUUUCUCAACUUUGGGUUGUGUUUGGGUAAUUAUCAUUGUUAACCCUCUA